AGUUCAAACCAGUAACAACAAAGUUCCAUCCGAUCCGUACCCUCCCCAGACCUCUAAAUUUGAGUAUCGAACGUAACUUCUUCUGGCAGUGCCGCCUCGGCUCUUGCUUUUUCAUUUUGCUUAUUUUCAAGAUAUGGGUAAGCUUAAUUCUUCUUUAUUUCUUCGCUCUAUUGUUAAUGGUGGAAAGAAUCGUUAUAAUUUCCACUCUUCUAUUUCUUAUUCUUUUAAAACCCUUGCUACCCACAUCGAUGCUUUGAGUAAGAAUUCCAUGUCUGUGAGGGGAAAGCGAAAAAAGUAUGAUAGCUUUGAUAAUGUUGAUGAUGCUUUCACUUUAUUUAAUAAGAUGAUUGAGAAGCACCCAAAGCCUUCCAUUGUGGAAUUCACCCAAUUAUUAGGAGCCAUUUUUAGAAUGAAACAUUAUGCCACUGUUGUUUUUAUGUGUAGCCAGAUGGAAUUAUUAGGAGUUCCCCAUAAUGUUUAUUCUUUGAGCAUCUUGAUUAAUUGCUUUUGUCAAUUAGGUCAUAUUGAUUUUGGGUUUUCUGUUUUGGGGAAAAUGCUGAAGUUAGGGGUUGAGCCUAGUGUUGUAACUUUCUCCACUUUGAUUAAUGGGCUUUGUAGGCAAAGUAAGAUUUCUCAGGCUGUGAAAUUGUUUGAUGAAAUGGUUGAAAAAGGUUAUCAACUUAAUUUAAUUGUUUACAGUACAAUACUUAAUGGGUUGUGUAAAACUGGGUCCGGGAAUACUGAUCGAGCUGUUAGGUUUCUAAGAAUGAUGGAAGAAAGAGGUUUUGAACCCAAUAUUGUAGCAUAUAACACUGUCAUUGACUGUCUUUGUAAGAUAGGAUCACUAAAUGAGGCUCUUGAUCUCUUCUCUCAUGUGACGGUUAAGGGCAUUAGACCAAAUACCGUUACUUACAAUUGCUUAAUUCAUGCUAUGUGUAAUUCGGGCCAGCAGAGGGAGGCAACAAGGUUUUUGAAUGAAAUGGUGGAUAACAAUAUUUCACUUAAUAUUGUCACGUAUAAUAUAUUGAUCGAUGCACAUUGCAAGGAUGGGAUGAUUGUUGAUGCUGUACAUAUUGUUGGCAUAAUGAGAAAGCGAGGCAUCGAACCUGAUGUUAUCACAUAUAAUAUAUUGGUUGAUGCGCAUUGCAGAGAAGGGAUGGUUUGUGAAGCUGAAAAUAUUGUUGACACAAUGAGAAAGCAAGGCAUUGAGCCAAAUGUUGUUACUUAUAAUACAUUAAUAAAAGACCAUUGCUUGCGAAAUAGAAUGGACGAAGCUAGAGAAGUAUUACAGUUGAUGAUUAAGAAGGGUUGUGCACCUGAUAUACGUAGUUACAACAUCAUGAUCAACGGAUAUUGCAAAGCUGAAAGGUUUGACGAAGCAAUGGAACUCUUUCAUGAAAUAUCUCGAAAAGGACCAGUCCCGGAUACUGUCACAUACAACACUCUUAUGCAAGGUAUGUGUAAAUUAGGGAGAAUUUCAACUGCAUGUGAACUUUUCAGAAAGAUGAUUGCUUCUAGACAAGUUCCAGAUAUAGUGACCUUUCAUAUUCUGCUGGAUGGUUUAUUCAAAAGAGGUAAACUCGAAGAGGCAUUGAAACUUUUUCAAGCAAUGCGGAACAGCGAGUUGGAACUCAGUAUUGUCUGUUAUAAUAUCCUAAUUGAUGGCUUGUGCAAAGCUGGGCAUAUUGAAGUUGGAAAGGAAUUAUUUCAUAAACUCUCGGUGAAUAGUUUAAAACCCAGUGUUUACACAUAUGCUAUAAUGGUUAAUGGAUUUUGCAAUGAGGGAUUAGCAGAUGAAGCAUACCAGUUAUUUAGGAGCAUGGGAGAUAAUGAUUGUUUGCCUAAUAGCUGUUGUUAUAAUGUAAUGAUCCAAGGAUUUCUUCGAAACAGCUAUACCUUAAAGGCAACAGAACUUCUUACGGAAAUGGUCAGUAAGGGCUUUUCUGCAGAUUUAUGCACUGCUACCUUGUUUUUGGAUCUGAUCUUACGAUCUGAAAAAUCAAUAUUGAUCUGAAUUGUUCCACAGAUAGUGUAAAGAUCGUCACUUGUGAGUUUGAAUCAAUUUGUUCAUAGCCAACUUGGACUGUUGUGAUAAGUUAAAAGUUUUGGAAAGUACAAUGAGUGUUAAGUUCUAUUUUCAGUUUAGCCGAUAUACUGUAAACAUUAAGUAUGAAAGAAACAAAUGUUAUACACCAUGUUUCACUUUUCACCAGUGAUCUUUUUGAGUAGAAUUUCUUCUCAAACCUCUCAAGUGAAAAUCUUGCUGCUGGUAACGUUGAAAACCUAAAAAUCGGGGGGAAAAUUGUGGGGACUCUAUUCUGUCUGCAGCUGUAAUCUGUACCCCAUCCUUUCUCCAUUGGGAUGGUUGUUUUCUGCUUACUGGAGCCUGUAUUCAGCACCAAUGAGAAUAUUGUGGGCAAAUCCUCAACACUUCAACACUUCACUUAGCAGUUGGCUGGUCUCAAUCAGCAACUCCAGCAGGUUAAGCUUAUUUGCUGCCAGUCUGUCAAGGAUGUUACAUGUGGUCUUCUGCCAAUGUCUCCCUCAGCCGCAUCCAGCAUAUCAGACGGAUAUAAUUUCUGCUGUAGGAGGUAUUAUGCGGGUCAGUGAAUGGACGGCUCUGCAGAAUUCUGUUGCUCAGCAGUUUUAGCUGCUCUUUACAGUGAUUACAUGCUUGCGUCUUAGACUGCAAAAAUAACCCGUCAGGAUGAUUCAUUCAAACCAUGGUCCAUCAGAUCUUAGAAAGUUUGCCAAAUGACAGGAAUGUUGUUUCCUUUAUAAGAGAAAUAUGUUUGCAAGUUCCCUUUUCAUUCUUUAGGCAAGUAGGGUCAUCUUAGGCAAAGGAAUUUUGCCACAGGGUCUUUGACUAGUUCGGCUAGUCGUCUAUUCUUGCAAGGAAGUGGGCUUUUUCAUUGUUUCGUUUGAAGUAAAGGCUUGUUUAUUUAAAAGAUGCAGCUAAGAAUUAGUAGUUAUGUUAAUCAUUCCCACUUGAAAGUAGUAUAAUAAUCUUUGCUUCCUGGCUGAUUAUGUCCUGGGCAGUUACUUGCAAUCUGUUGCAUCACAGAGAGGAGCUUCACUUCCAGGUGGUGCAACAAUUGCCUGCACUGAUGGCUUCAAGUUGCUUAAUUUAGCUAAAUCCAAUCCUAACGUAGCUCUUCGAGGCCUUGUGUGUAGGCCUUUCCUUAAUGAAACAUACAUGUAAAUCUUUCACCUAAAGGUACAGCUGUACAAGCAACCAUAGUGCAUAUUGUUGGUUUAUUUGAAGCUGUAUAAAAAGUAAAAACCAUGUUUUUCCUGCAAAUUUUAGUUUUAAGUAGUUUGUUCUACACAGGUGAACUCCAGUGCGGCUCACCCGCACCGAGGAAGAAGUAAUAUGGCUAGAACUUGAGUACUUUGAAGAGUAAAGUUGUUGAGUUCAUUAAUUCAUUUUUGGCUUCAUGUAAAACAAUUGCUUUGAGUUUGGUUGUAUGGUUUACGGAUACGGAAAUGACUGCAUUUUUUUCAAUGAACACUAAUUGCUUGUUGGAA